AGGAGGAGGAAGGCAAGGCGGCAGCUGCAGCAGUAGCAACCAGGCGCGCGCGUCCCUGAGGGCGGCGCCAGAGAAGAGCGCGGGAGAGUGCGCGCGCCCCCUGCGGCCGGGGCAGGCAAAAUUCAUCAUGUUCCAGAUUCCUGUACAAAAUCUUGAUUGUAUAAGGAAGGCUCGAAAGAAAGUGAAGCGGAUUCUUGUGGAUAUUGGACUUGAUAGCUGUCGGGAGUUAAUUCACACUCUGAAACGUUUUGAUCCAGGAGAAAAAUAUUUCUACAACACUUCAUGGAGCGAUGUGUCUCAUUUGGAGCCUGUGCCUAAAAGACGAAGAUACAGAACAAAUCCAUAUUGUUGUAGCCUGUGCAAGUUCUCAUCAAAAUAUCUUGCUUCUUUCAAAAAUCACUUGAAUCGUUGCCAUGAAGAUGAAAUGGACCAAGAAGUACUUGUCUCUUGUCCAGAAUGUGCAUUUGCUUCUCAUUCCAAAAAAGUGGGAAAACAUCUCCGGAUGUUUCAUUCCAAGAAAAAAAUACAAAACUAUAGCGUGAGUGGUGGCAUGAGGCAGUUCCGAAAUGAUGCAGUAAACUUUGCGUGUCAGAAAUGCCAGUUUACAGACACACUGUAUUACAAUAUAAAGAAACAUGUAUUAGUAACCCACUUCCAGAACAUAUUGAGCACAUAUUUUGAAGAGAGAUCUGAUGAAAGUGAAGAGAAUUGUAUUGAACACUACUGUAAACAGUGCAAUGCAUUUGCAAACAGUCGAGAUUCUUUAAUAUAUCAUAUUUUGACAUCAGAAGUCCACAGAGACCUGGAAAACUUACUGGGGCCUGACAUUUUGGUACAGCCAAAGAAGAAAAGUCAGGCAAAGUCACUGCAGAUGAUCAAUAUUGCUCCUAAGCCUUCCGCAGCCAAGGCCUUUUCACCUGGUUCAGCGGGGCCAUGUUCUUCUACAUCAUGUGUUUCGCUUUCACUUCCACCAUUUCAUCAAAAUCCAAAUAUGAUGCCAACAAAUGCAAUUCAAAACACAGUUGGACCACUGAGUGUUUCAAGUGCCUCUUGUAAUUUUUCCCAUACAUCACCUUUAACCUCAAUUGCUCAGUCACGUCUUUCACUUAUGUCUGGAUCCCACCCAGGAGAUCCAAAUCAUGCAUCUGCAGUUUCCCAACAAGUUUUUGUCUCCCAUCGGUUCCCCCUAAAACAGCCUGUAAGGCCAGGAGUUUUCUGCUUCAACCAGCCUGCAGGGGCAAUAGGUAGAGCAGUUCCUUCAGGACUCAUGCCAUACCCUCGAUCUGUCAGGUCAAGUCUGCUUCCUGUUAAUCAGUCAGUGCAAACAAUUCGCAAUUCAAUGGUUACUCAGCCAGCUGGAUCUCUAAAUAGAACCAUUGGACCUGGCACUAUGCCCAUAAACGGGCCUUCUUCACCAGGGAUCCUUGCUGUAAAUAGACCUGUUGGCAGUUUGAAUCAACCCAGUGCUGCGGGGGUUCUUCCAGUGACCCAGUCAGUCACUCCAGGAGUUCUUCAGUUUAAUCAUCCUGGCACGCCAGGUGUUCUUCCAGUAAACCAGCCAGUUAGACCUGGGAUUCUGCAGUUUAACCAGCCUACAGCCCCAGGAGUUCUUCCUGUGAAUCAGCCAGGCAGACCUGGAGUUUCUCAGAAUCCUUUACUCGCUGGAGGACCAUUACUUAGACAAUUAAUUCCAACUGGAAAGCAAGUUAAUGGGAUCCCCACGUACACUCUUGCAUCCGUUUCAAUGGCUUUGCCUGGUCCGCCUAGUAGUGAAGCUACAACUGUUUCACCACCUCAGAUGCCAGCCCAUCUGAUGCCAUCUGCCCCAGCUUCUCAGGCUCCAGCUACUGUGCCAUCUUCUGCUAUAACAACUCCUGCCAAGACAAAGCUGUCUCCUACUGCCAUGAGCCUAGCCCUCAAACAGGCUAAGCAGUGGAAAACAUGCCCAGUUUGCAGUGAGCUUUUCCCAUCAAAUGUCUAUCAGGUGCACAUGCAGGUAGCUCACAAAUUAAGCGCGGCAAAGGUUGCCCUUAAAAUAGACAAAGUUGCAGCUUAUGCACCGUUUUUGCGGUGGCUUAAAGAUAAGACUGUCCGAUGUUUUUCUUGUAAAUGUUUUUUAUCUCAGUCAGAGCUUGUGAAGCAUAUUUUUACACAUGGCCUGACUUGCUUGUUCUGUACUCAUAUUUUCCAUGACUUAAAAUGCCUUGUGGACCACACUAGAGCUGUACAUAAAGGACAGAAGAAACUACAUGCCAAUUACGAUGACAAAGGAUUUCAACUUGAGAGUGAUUCUGAAGGUGACCUUUUGUUUCCCCAUUUUGACUUCAGUAUAACUGCAAAAGAACUUUGUGAAAGAGACGUGUACCUAGCACUCCUAGCUGGGGUAAAUUCAAGGACCCUUAUUCCUCUAUACAUCAAACUUCAACACGAGGCGCCUGAAAUGGAUAAGGGCAAUAAGGUGGUGUCAACUUGCCCCUUUUGUUAUAGUACUUUUACUAGUACAAAUGCAUAUGAGGUCCAUUUGAAGGAUAGGCACCAUAUCAUGCCAACUGUACAUACCAUAUUGAACUCGCCUGGUUUCAAGUGCAUCCACUGCUGUGGUGUAUACACUGGCAACAUGACUCUAACUGCCAUUGCUGUGCAUUUGCUCCGUUGCCGAAGUGCCCCAAAAGAUAGUACAUCAGCUGUGAAGCUGCCGCUUGAACUCAGUAUCAAAAAAGAGCCUCUACCUGUGAAUGGUGAGAAGCAUGAAGCACCUUCUCCUUCAGCCAAGAGGAAACAAUCUGACCAUCUUUAUGCUGCUGCAGAACAUAAAAGGAAUGAUAACCAGCCAUUCCUAAUUGUAAAUAGUGAUAUGUCCCAAAUUCCAACCAAUGACAUGAAUUUUAUGCCUUUGAAAAGACAAAAGACAGAUCAUAAGGCAGAAACUAAAGGACAAUUUUCACUUGAGGAUCUCCAUAUAUUGGCGUUAAAUCCAAAGCCAUUCCAAUAUAGUUCAAAUGAAGCUCAAAGACGAUUUCUUGCAGAUUAUUUUCACAAGAAUCCGUAUCCCACUAAGAAGGAAUUGGAAUUACUAUCGUCUAUAUUCUGCGCAUGGAAAGUUGAUAUUGCAUCAUUUUUUGGAAGAAAGAGACACACCUGCCUAAGGGCAAUAAAAAAUCACCAUCACCAGCCAUCUGUGCUUCUGGGCUUUAAUAUGUCUGAACUUAAAAAUGUAAAGCACAGUUUGAAUUUGAAACAUGUAUCAGAAGAUGUGCAACUUUAAAAAGACAAUCCUAUGGUCUGCAAGAAAUAUUACUUAUUACUUCAGCAGUUCUCUCAAUUUAGUUUCUUGUGACAUUACGAUAUUAGUAAAUCAUAGCCACAUUUGCGCAAACCAUAAAACAGAAUUGCAGGGGAUUCUGGCUUAUUGUUCCUGAGCAGUAUCCUAGUGCAUGGUGUGUGGUCUCUUGGCUGUAAUAACCAGGAAUUCUCAGAGAAAGAAAAUCCUAGCAUUGUCCUGGACCUUUGGCUUGUUGCCCUCCAGACAAGCUAGAAAUACUAGUUUUUAAAAAGUAGAGGCUGGCAUGUUGGGGAAUAGCCUUACUCGGACAUUAGGAAUGAAGUUGUAAGCAACCAGGAGGAUAAGAAUUGCAUUCCAGGAUUCCCUAUCAGUGGAAAGAAGGCUUUCAUUUCAAAUGGGUUGCUUGUUAAUUCAAGAGUGAUGAAAAUAGGAUGGAGGGUUUGGGGCUUAUGUAUAAAGAGUUGUAGUUGAGGCACCAUAUUACAAAUAUUUGUGACAAAUUUCUUGUUUUCUGUCGCUGCUCCUAUUUUGAGAGGAAGCACAAUAGACAGAAUCAGGCAACAUGCACCAAGUACACUGCUCUUGAAAAUUAAUGUAAUACAAAAGCUGUUAAUGCUUCAUUUAAUUUUGAACAAUUGUUCAUUGUGGCAGUGGGGUAUAGUAUAAUUGAGGCUGUCUCUUUAAUUUUGUUGUGCAGUUUAUUCGACCCAUGUUUUUUUUAAAAAUAAAAUAAAAUAUAGUAGUGGAAGACAUCCAGGUAUUUUUAAAGUACCAAUUGUAUUUACAAAUGCAAAUUUUGGUAAAAUCUCAAACCUGGUUAAGACAGUUAUAAUAAAAAUCCUACUCUUUUAAUAU